AUGGCACUGUGGAGGGAGAGCCAUGAGCUCAGCAGGCAGAGGGAUGCGAAGGAGGCGCAGGCGCUCAGGCAGCAGCUGGAGCAGGCCGUGGUAGCAGCCACGUGGGAGCUGCAGCAGCAGCAGCAGCAGCAGCAGCAGCAGCAGCAGCAGCGGCAGCAGCCGGACAAGACCAGCGGGCCCGCCGGGGCGGCCGCCGCGAGCCCCGAGGCGCUGAUCGGCCUCGCGGCGGCGCAGGAGGGCCUCCUGCAGCUGCAGCGGUGGCAGCGGCGUGUCGAGCUGUACGGGCAGCUGCGCGUCAAGUGCGGCGUGCCGCACCCGGCCUGGUUCCUCGCGAACAAUCUCGCCCAGUGGCCGAUAUUUGUUUACGCGGGGAUAUGCGUAAGGUCCAUGGCGCAGCGCCAGCCGCCCUGGCCCGGGCUGGACAGCGGGGGCAUCCUGUGGUUCCAAGACCUGACGCUCCCUGCUGUCGCCGCGUCGGCCGCGAGCGGCGGGCUGGCGCUGCCGAUGGGCGCGGCGGGGCUGGGGCUGCCGCUCCUGGUGACGGGCAUGAUGCUCACAAGCAUCCGCAUGGGGUUCAAGGCCUCUGGCGCCGCCAGCCGCCACCCCAGCAUCGCCGGCACCUUCCUGCAGCCGCUCCUGCGGUACGCCCCCGCCUUCCUGUACUGCCUCACCCUGGCCAGCCUGUACUUCAAGCUGCAGCUGCCGCAGGCUGUACUGCUGCACUGGCUGGCGGCCAGCGGGUUCACCCUCAGCCUGCAGCUCGCCCUGCGCAGCCCCCGCCUGCGCGCCGCGCUCGGCUACGGCGGGCCGGCGGCCGCGGGCAGCGGCGGGGGCGCGGGGGCAGUAGACCCAGGGCUGGAGGUGCGUGUGGCGGCAGCGGGCGGCGCGGACGUGUUGGUGGCGAUGGCGGCGAAAGAAUCGGCCCUGCAUCAUUACCCAAACGCGCUGUACUGCCUGGCAAAGGCUGUGGAGCUGGAACCGGCGAACGCUGGGGCGCACUACGCCGCAGCCCAGGUCCACGCGCUCACAGGCGACUGGGCCGCAGCAGAGGCUGCCUACCUCCGUUGCAUCGACGCCGCCCGCGCCCCCACCGCCGCCGACGCAUACGGCCCCUUCGUCGGCCAGGCGCUGUUCUGCGUCGGCACGGCGCGCGCGCGCGGCGGGCGGCACGAAGAGGCGCUGCGGGCAUACGGCGAGUCCGAGGCAGCGGGCUACGCACAGCCGCACGCGCUCGCGCAGGCGCGCGGCGCGGCGCUGCUGGCGCUGGGCCGGGCCAGCGAGGCGGCGGCGGUCGUGGACGCGGCGCUGAGCCGCGCCGGCGGCGGGAGUGGCGGCGCGGCCGGCAAGCGGCGGGGGGAGGGUUUUGUGGACAUGACACCCGUGCUGCGGGACCUCAGGCGGCGGAUUGACGAGCAGCAAAGCGGCGGCAGCGCGUCAGAGGGGCAAGUCAGCCCGUGA